CCCCUUCCAUCGCUUCGACCGUCACGACCUCGGCGCCGAAGAGCGGACCAAGGGACCGGAAACCCGGGAUACGGUCGCCUUCGAUACGCAGGAUCUUGUUCUCGAGGAUAGCGGUGGGUUGGUGCGUCAGGACAUGUGCGAGAUAGCCUAAGACGAGGUUGUCAGCACCCUCUAUGUCACGACAGGCCAAGAAUCACGCACCGGCAAUAUCGGCGAUGGAUGCGACGGACACGGCGCCCUCCGAUUUGCCGACCACGUACAGCUUCUUGGCUUCGGCACUGUAGUUCACGGCCCAGGGCACAAACUCGAUGAACAAUCCGGUCUGCAGGGCACGCCGACGGUCUGGAGCUUGUCUGCAUGGAUGGACGCAUGAGCAAGUGACCGGAAAACGAGGAGCUGAACGCACCGACGGUCUUUUGCUUCGCGCCCAACAACCCCUCGGUGGCUCCCUCCGUCGAAAAGCCAAACUCAGACGGCAAGAACAACUUGACACCGGCCUGCUUCGCUGCAUCCGCGAGAGAGAGUUGAGAUGGAAGAGCCACGGUGUUCAGCGUGGACACGAUCACUUCGACGUUGUGCGCCUUGAGUGCAGCGGCGACGGCGGUCACGUCGUCGUACGAGGGGACUUGCACGACCUCGACGCUCGCUGGGACCGUCUUGGAUGUGGACGCGCCGCGGGAGAGGAGGAUGACUUUCACGGACGGCUGGGCGGCCAGGGCGGCGAGGAUAGGGCCACCAAUAGUGCCAGCACCAAUCACUGCGAAUGAGGAGUAUGUAGGAGACAUCGAUGGGUCGAGUGUGGGAGGUAGAUGGUGCGAUCAGUUGUUCGAGUUUCUGUUGUCCUCUGACUCCGUUUGAGCCUGUCUCUUAUAACCUCGCGAGGUGGACGUGUCGACAUGCAUGGUUGGGAGUGGAUAGCGAACAACAGAAUCGAUCGCGUCGUAUGGAUGAUCUCAUCGAAGGAUUAGAUGCCUUGGUCCUUCGGUUGCUUUCGUGUCAUCGAUAUAACGAGAUGAUUUACCAUCCAGAACUUCAUUAGAUUUGCACUUGUGUCUCGAUCGAAGUUCUAUCGAACAAAAUCCCAUGCCGCUCGUUCAUGUUUA